AUGAGGGGAAGAUGCUCGCCUCUGUGUGGACUGGUUCCGACCACUUCAUCGAGGGGAAAGGGGAAAGAGAGGGAACGGUUGGAGGAAUGGGAGCAGUUUGAUGAGAAGGAGACCAGGCAUCUGCCAGGCCGAACAGAGAGCGAGAAGGGGAAAGAGCGCAUCACGAACCCAAACCCAAGAAAGGUACAUUCGCCCACUCGAGAGCUCGAGAAAGGAAGCCGCCCUCUUGGUGCGUUGUCCAUGGAGAGAGUUGCUAGUGGAAGCGGCACCAGUCGUGGUAGCAGGGCCAGGGACGGGGCGACAAGCGUAGUUCCCAGCAGCGUCCAGGCCAACAUCAAGGCGAAACGCAUCAAGCACGGCAGCUUUGACUUCGAGCGUCCUGUCUCUGCUGGCCAAUCCAAGCCAUUGCCGUCAGCAAAUGUCAAUGGCAGGACAAUCGCACCCCCGCACGCAUUGCAACGGAGUUCGAGCACCCGAGGUCCUGCUCGUAGGGUUACUUUGGACGACGGUCGACAGGAUCGUCAUACUCCAUUGUCUUCUUCGCUACCUAAAGCACGACCAAAGCCAGCCCUUGACAUCGACACGCAUAACCUGGCGCGUCGCACCACGGGUAGCUCUGCAGCGACAUCCCGGGGGCAGCCGUUGGUCAUCCCUCGCAGUUCCGGAUCCAAGGCACACCACGGCUCGGAGACGGAUCCAGGAUCACCAAUCUCCUCGACCCACUCCGGCAACUCGUCAGCGUUGAACUCGUCCUGGGGCAAGAAUGCGGGCAAGCGGAUAGCUCGCGCGGCGCAUCCCGCGUUCAAGUUUGAACCGGCCGUACCGACUAUUCCCGGGUCUCCUGCGGACAGCGACGAGCGCAAACGAUCCAUUGCAUCCUCAGGUACUGCGUCUCCGAUGCCGCCGUCACCGUUGUCCAAGUCACGGCAAGCACGGAAUGUGGGUAAGGGUCGCUCGCUCGACCUGAACCUCGGUUUGUCGUGGGCGCCGACGAAAGUGCGGGAGGACGCGUUGUCGCGGACGGCCGCUGGUCGUGUUACACCAGACUUGGCUGCGAGAGCCGGGGCGAGAUGGAGAGCAGCUACCUCAGACGAGAGAGACAGGUUCGGCGCAGGCCAGUCUGGUGCCGAAGUGGCGGACGUUUUCCGCGAGGUGUUGGGAGAUGCAGCGUAUUCAACGUUCAAGACAUACGUACAUCGAUAUGAUGCACGCGCAAUACCGCUGGACGGCCCCUUUGGUCUGAUGAAUCACGUACAACGGCUGCUCGACUCGGCCCCCGGGUUGGACUCGCGGAGAAAGCAAGUUCUCUUGCACAAGCUCAAUCGCGUUGUGCAGGAGAUCCGGUGA